AUGGUGAACAGUGGAACUGGUAGUGUACCAACUCUGUCACCUUCAUUGCGAUCGAUCAUUGAGCGUGAAAAACUCAAUGGGGCGAACUUCCUUGACUGGUGCUGCUACUUGAGAAUUGUUCUCAGAAGCGAAGAUAAGGAGUACGUCCUCCACGAACCGUUCGUCGAUGAGGAGCCACCGAAUAAUGCACCAUGGGUUGUCAAUGAUGCUUACUUGAAGUAUAAGAAAGACAACCGUGAUGUAAGCUGCCUUAUGCUUGGAAUAAUGACUCCCGACCUGAUCAAACAGUUUGAUGGUCUGGACGCUUGGAUGAUAAUGGAUCAACUCAAGCUCAUGUUCGAAGAGAAAGCCCGCUCUGAGAGGUUCAAGGUUAUGUGUAGCCUUUUAGACUAUAAGCUGGCUAACGGGUGUCCUAUCGGUCCGCAUGUUCUCAAAAUGAAGAGUCAUUUUGAUGAUCUCGAACGACUUGGCGCUAAGAUGCAUAAGGAGCUUGCGGAGGACAUGGUCCUCCAUUCUCUUCCUGAUAGUUUUUGA